AUGUGUGGACGGUUUGCCAUGGAAUAUAAUGGGGAGCAGUUGGCUAAUCAAUUGAGGGAUGGGUUCCACCUGGAGAUCACUGAACCUGGAGAACAAAGGGAUAGUGGUCAAGACUUGGACAAAUCAUACAAUGUGGCCCCAACUAAUAUGGUCAACGUGUACUCUAUUGGACAUCAGUUGAAGAGUAUGAAGUGGGGGUUGGUUCCCAGUUGGAUCGUUCAUAGUAAGAUCGAUUCUUUCAAUAGCUAUAGGACCAUCAAUGCCCGGUUGGAGACAUUGACUAGUAAGAGGAUUUGGAAGAAAUGUGUGCAUUACAAGAGAUGCGUAAUACCUGUUAGUGGGUAUUAUGAGUGGCAGACGAAGGGGAAGGAGAAAAUCCCAUACUACGUGAGGAGGAAAGAUGGGGAAUUGACCUUUUUAGCAGGAUUAUAUGAUUCAUUCGACGUUGUGGAAGAAAAGAAGAAAGAGGAAGAGAGCAAACAAGUCAAGAAGGAGGAAAAGAGUGGCAAAUUGCCACUCUAUACGUUUACCAUAAUAACAGCAGAUGCACCUAAGAAUCUGAAGUGGCUGCAUGAUAGGAUGCCGUGUAUAUUGGUUCCUGGGACGAACCAAUGGGAUAACUGGUUCAAUACAGAGCAUACCGAAUGGGAACAGAAAGAACUAUCUGAAUUGCUGGAACCUAUCUAUGAUGAGACCACCAUGGAUGUCUACAGAGUGUCCAAGGACGUUGGUAAGGUGUCCAACAAGGGAGAGUAUCUGAUCAAACCUGUUCUGAAACGAGAGGGCAAUGGUGUCAAGACAGAAGAAGAGCCAGUAUCGAUCAAGAAGGAGUCUGGUCAGAAGAGGAGCAUCACAGACAUGUUGAGGAGCAGCACAAAGCGACAAAAGAAGUAG